AUGGCGGCUCCCGAGGAUCAGCGAACCGUGAUUCUUGUGAAUGUUUUCGUUGACCGAACAGUGAGGCUGCUCAACGCCUUCUCCGCGUCGUGCGAAUCUAAGCUCCAAUCGCUACACUUCCGAUUGGUGGAAAUUGACACACAUGUCACACUGCUAGAGGCCCAGAUCAGAAGCACUGGCCUGCACACAGCCAAUGGGAGAUCAGCACUUGCCAGGGAGGCACAUUUGAGGAACAAGAAGUUAGCUUCAGCAGCUGUCGGAUCUACAGUAACUUCUACAGUGAUCUCCGCUGCUACUAACGCAGCUGCUACUAACGAGUCUAUUGCACAUGCAGCAGAUACAGAGCCGCCAAUUACAGCUGCAACUGGAGAAGUUUCGCCUGCAGCCGAGUCAGCUUCAGCAGGCGAGAAGCUCACACCUCCACUCGAUUCAAAUGUUCCCGCUGUAAUAACAUCGAGUUUAGUCACACCUCACAGUAGUGAAGGGCAGAAUCAGCCAGUUGGUAAGCCUGCGAGCAACGCAGUAUCGGUGGAGUCGGGAAAAGCUGCAGCAGCUGCAGCAACUGAAGCAGAAGCAGCAGCAGCAGCAGCAGUGGUGGUGGUGGAUAGACUAGCAGCAACAGCAACAGGAGGAAAAGCACCUGAUCAGGAGUAA